UAAAAGGACAAGCUUUGUUUUUUUUAUUUUUUUUUGUUUGUUGUUGUUUUUUUGUCUGGGGAGUUACUGCACGUGAUUUAUUGCAAAAAGCGCCGGAAUAAUGUAUUUCUGUGACAGCAGAUGAAAAACGAACUUCACAUUGAUGAUAUUAUGAACGCUUCUAUGAUAUAUUGACUUUAUAGGAUUUAGAGUGACCUCCCUUUUUAUGCUUGAUGUCUCUAGUGAUUGUCGCCAUAUUGCAUGUAAACAAACAGGUAACAGGUGACACCUGUGUAAAAACUGAUCAUGUGGCAGUACCUGUGGGCUCAUAGUGUGUACCACCUCAUCAGAUGGUUUCCACGCAACAACAGGACGAAAAUCUUCUUCCUGGUGAUGGUGCUCACUGCUGCGCUGAUGGUCCCACAGGUCGUGGUGUUGCUGCUGGAUCACUCCAGUCGUUGGUGUCAACAGAAGCUCUUCGACUUCCUCAUCGUGUCCAUAGUGUUCACCUUGUUCCUCAUUGGAUUCACCUUCCUGUUCCUGGUGAUGAUGCCGGUCCCGAGAGCAGUGAAGGUUGGGUUCCAUGUGUUUGGGGGCACGUCUUUCGUCAUCAGCCUGGCUCAGGUUAUCUUGACAUCCAAAGCUGAGUCGUGUAGCAGGACCACUGAAGCCUUGUACACAUUAUCAGUCGUGCUGGCUGUGUUGUCAGUCAUUAGCAUGUGCAUUUUCGGUUUGAUGGCUCCAUUUUGGAUUGCAAAUCGAGUGAAGAAAAACAGUGUCCUGAACGUUCCAGAUCAUACAGGUGUUUGUUACGAACCCGUGAAGUGCUGCUCGUGUUUGUGGCACAUAUAACAUUCUCAAGACGGAAAGACGCUAAGCUCUGUAUUACAUGGCUGUAUCACCUGGCCUUGCUUAAAGUGAAAUGUAGGCCAUAACACUGUUAUUAUCCCAAUACAGUAUUCUCUUAUGUAUAAUGCACACUUGUGUAUAAUGUGGGGACUCUUUCCUUUAGUCUCACAUGAGCAAAUUAUUUAUCUUGACAUAUUAUAGUUUAUAGUCAUGUCUGGUUAACUGCACAUGGCCAAAAACAAUGCUAUUCAAAGUCAAGCUCCCAUUGAACAGUGUAACUGAGCACUAUCUUUAGCCAGUGCUUCUCACCGAGUCCAGUGUUAAGUGUGGUCAGUUUGUGUACGCUUACAUAUCAAACAGUAAUGACUGUAUUUUGGUAUCCUCUUCUAUAGUUUUUCAAGCAAAACUCACCCAAGUAAUGACCAGAUCCUGAUGAGUAACUGCUCAUUAUCUAGGAUUUCGAUAUCUCUUGUAUGUAUUCUUGCGUAAAAUCAUUGUCGAACUAAUCCUUUUGGGGAAUUUUCGGCCAUUGAUUUCAUGGACGUUAGAUCACAUGACAAGCAGUUUAAAUGAAGUUUAUGAUAGUAUUACUCACCCAGUACUGUAUCUGGGAAUUCUAAGUGAAUGGGGACAUUGGGGUAACCUAGUGGUUAAAGCGUUUGCUCGUCACACAAUGUGUGAAGCCCAUUUCUGGUGUCCCCGCCGUGAUAUUGCUGUAACGUUCUAAGAGCAGCGUAAAACUAAACUCCCUCACUCAUUCUAAGUGAGCGAUCUUGUUAUUAUUGUUAAUUAGUUCAAAACCAGGGCUACUAACAUUAAUGUCAUGAUGCAAGUGUUUCACAGUUGGAUCAGUUUGGCCAACCAUUUAUUUCAUGAUUGGAGUAUGAGAUGAGUGUACCGUGUAAACACUGAUAGUGAGGUGUUGAUGUGUACUGUGGAUUCUUGUCAUUGAUGCGUUUAUGAUACCAUAAAUCAAAUCUUUACACCAA